AUGUCCGACGAGAGCAAAGCUGAGAUUCCGACAAAGCAUGUUUUGAAUGCAAAAUGGGACAUCUGUCUCGAUUUAGGUGUCCGCCGCUUUGCGUAUUCUUCGAUUGUCAGCGGUUUUGCCAGAAUUCUUCUCUUCCGAAUAAUCUGCUCAAUGCGCCGGCGGCGGCGCCUCUGGUUUGGGCUUCCAAGCCUUCCAUUGAUUUAG